GUCGACGAGGAAGUGUGUAUGAAGGAAAGCUGUGUGCGGGGGAAUGAGAUAUCGGUCGGACAGGAAGAAGAGUCUUCAAACCUACGAGCGGUAGAAGCUUCAUAUACCAUGCUGUGUGAUCACAGCACUCUGAUAAUAGAGGCGAGACGUCUGGGUAUGGGCACGGCUCUGGCCUGACAUGGCACAUUAGUGACAGUAUACUUGACUCUCACCAUGGCUGUAGUGUGUGAGACCAAUGCAGGGUGGCUGCUGGAUGAAUUGUCUCUAAUAAAAGGGUGGUAUGAGGCUAUGGGAGAACCCCCCACAUGUGAGGGACAGGAGAAUACAAGGACUGUGUACAGGAUGAAGGAUGAGCUGUUCCAGUUGGUUAGACCUUACUUCUCAUUGAACCUCUCCGCCACCUCCAACCAGAAUACGGCUGCACCGAGCGACAGGCAAGACAACGCGCCCCCCGCCGCCUGCAAGCCUGUCAGAAAGAAGCGUAAAAGAGCAAAUGCGUUAAAUCAAGGUGAACUGGAUGCCCUAGAGUAUCACCAAAAGAUAAGUGACCUUAUUUUGAAAGGAUCACAAGUAUUAAUUCAAGAGGGAUUAAAGAAUGGGCUACUCCGUGCCUACACUCAGAAUGAAGAGGAAAAUUGUAAAGUGAUUUCAGAGGUUUGUGUAAGAAGCAGUAACCUGGCGGAACUCUGCAAUAUGACCAAGGAGCUGUCUACUUUGGGUGUCUACGAACACACUGUGAACAUCAUUGGUAGUGACCAGCAAUCGCUUGAAAGCAUGGACUGGCUAUCACACAUUACAGAGAACAGGUCAGAGUGGCCACAAGUCAUUCAACUAAUGGGAGAGAAAUAUCUCAUACCACCCAAAACUAGCUUCCUUUUAUCAGAUGUUUCCUGCAUGGAACCCCUUCUAAAUUAUAAAAAGUAUGGUAUCAUUGUUAUUGAUCCUCCGUGGGAGAAUAAGUCUGUCAAGAGGAGUAAAAGAUAUAACUACUUAUCCACACUGGAAAUAAAACAACUUCCUAUACCAGAUUUGGCCGCACAGAACUGUCUUGUGAUUACUUGGGUGACGAACAGGCAGAAACACUUAAGGUUCGUAAAGGAGGAGCUCUACCCACAUUGGUCAGUCCGAACACUUGCAGAAUGGCACUGGGUGAAGAUAACCCAGUCUGGAGAAUUUGUAUUUCCUAUGGAGUCUGCCCAUAAAAAACCUUAUGAAAUUCUGGUACUUGGAUGCCUAAUAGAUGAUAUGGAUUCUACUGCAAGGGAACCAGACUUUAACACGUCUCCUAUUCCACAGCACAAGAUUAUCGUCAGUGUGCCUUGCAAUCUUCAUUCCCACAAGCCACCCCUCUUUGACAUUGUACUGUGCCAAGGGAGGUUUUCAAACCAUCAAGCCAAACCUCAAAGACUACAAAUAAUCCUUUGCAGAAACUAGACCUCUUCUAUUUUAAUCUGUCAAAAAAGGUAAUGUUGCUACCACAGCCUUUCUACCGAUCUUGGAUUUCUCCUGGGAACAGCACAGGGAAAAAGCCUGUCACUAUUUUCAUCAGUCAUCUGCAGAAAUUCAGCAAUGAAUAUUACACUUGAAUCCAGCAUUGCAUUGGCAAUAUAUUCAUUACACCUGCUUUUGAACAUAUGUUUUCUGUGUGUCUGCUAUAUAACUAAAUCAUAACUGUCCUAUCCACUUCUCAUCCAAAUGUAGUCCUAUCUGUGGAUAAAUUCUGAAUCCAGAAUGGAGUCAUUGUUAAUAUUAAUUCUUUUGUUUUUUACAUCUCAUGACAAAACAUUUAUCUAAUUUUAGCCAUCCUAAUUAAAGCCAAUGUCUUCUAAUUUGGAGGGGUAUUAGUCCACUUUAUUAACUGGUUAUAUCUGCAUUUUUUACAUAAUUAAUUGCUUUUCUCUUCUUGAUUUUAAUCAGCUUUGUUUGUUUUUUCAGUCUGUUCAUUUGUCUGUUUGAGAAAGUAAUUAAAGCUCUGGCAGGGAUCAGAUACUGCCAACAUUGUUUUACAGUGCACAUCUGCUUUUUUCCCUUUAUUUUUUAGUCGCAAUAACCCUUGGACAAAAGCACUUUUCAGCCAGGGUAAAAAAAAAAAA